GACUGUUGCUGAUCUUCUUCCGAAAAAACUUCUGCUGCUGAUCUCACUUUUUUGUUGUUUUUUCUUUUUUCGCUCAAUCUGAUAAGUUCGUUCAAGGAAAUUGUGAAAGAAGCAGAUAUAACAAUCAAGGAAUAUAUUUUUGUAUAAAGAAAGAGGGAGAAACAGUAAACAGACAGGGAGUGGAGAUGGCAGGGGACUUGAAGUGCUGUGAGACUGAGUUCUUCCUGUAUGUGCUCGUAAUAGUGGGGCUAGUGACCUUUGCUGGGUUGAUGGCUGGUUUGACACUGGGUCUCAUGUCUCUGGGUCUCGUCGACCUCGAAGUCCUCAUCAAGUCCGGCCGCCCUCAAGAUCGUAUCCAUGCCGCUAAGAUAUUUCCUGUGGUAAAGAAUCAGCAUCUUCUGCUAUGUACUCUAUUGAUUGGCAACUCUUUAGCUAUGGAGGCUCUUCCCAUAUUUUUGGAUAGGCUUGUGCCUCCAUGGGCUGCAAUUCUGAUAUCAGUGACCCUGAUACUCAUGUUUGGAGAGAUAUUACCACAAGCAAUCUGUACUCGCUAUGGCUUGAAAGUUGGAGCUGCUGCUGCCCCAUUUGUCCGUGUACUUCUUAUGCUUUUUUUCCCAAUUUCUUAUCCAAUUAGUAAGGUUCUGGAUUGGAUGUUGGGUAAGGGACAUGCUGCUCUUUUACGUAGAGCAGAGCUAAAGACUUUUGUGGACUUCCAUGGCAAUAAGGCUGGUAAAGGUGGGACUCUAACACAUGAUGAGACGACUAUCAUUGCUGGCGCACUUGAAAUGACUGAAAAAACUGCAAAAGAUGCCAUGCAAUCUAUAUCGAAGGCAUUUUCCCUUGAUCUGGAUGCAACUCUUACUUUGGAGACACUGAAUUCGAUAAUGACAAUGGGUCAUAGUAGAGUUCCAGUUUACCAUGGAAAUCCAACCAAUAUUAUUGGACUUAUUCUGGUUAAAAAUCUUUUAAGUGUUGAUCCAAGAGAUGCAGUUCCUUUGAGAAAAAUGAUCAUAAGAAAAAUUCCUCGGAUAUCAGAAGACGUUCCCCUAUAUGAUAUUCUAAAUGAAUUCCAGAAGGGUCAUAGCCAUAUAGCUGUUGUGUACAAGGAUCUGAAUAAGACAGAUCAGUGCAAGGACAGCUGUAAGAAGCCUAGAGGGCAAGCAGAGACAGUGUCGAAAAAAGAUUCCAAGGAGGAUGGUCACAGUGUCGCUAGCCAAAAUGUGGCACUUACAUUGGACUCACAAGAAGCUUGUACUUCCACUCCUAAGAGUCAUGGAAGUCAACAGAUGAUGAAGAAUCCAUCAACUAUUCCUGCCUUUAAGAAGCGGCACAGAGGUUGUUCAUUCUGCAUUCUGGAUAUUGAAAAUUCUCCCAUUCCAGAGUUCUCAUCCAGUGAGAAGGUUGUUGGUGUUAUUACCAUGGAGGAUGUUAUUGAAGAACUUCUUAAGGAGGAGAUACUUGAUGAGACUGAUGAGUAUGUCAAUAUCCACAACAGGAUAAAGGUCAACAUGCAUGCCUCUCAGGAAAAGCUUCCUAGUUUGAAUUCCACACAGCCUUCUUCCGGUGGUUCCUCCUCCAUCUCCACCCCAAACUCUCUGUCACCAAUGCCUGCCGGAGGUCUUGCUCAACAUUCCUCAGUUCCUCAUCACCCGGCAACCCCCGGUCCCAGACCUGCAAUCCUAGAUUCUAGCAGUACUUCAAUCACAGGCUCAUCUUCCUUGACACAUCGAGUUUCUGGGAGAGACUCCUCAAAAGAUGGGUGAAAUUUCGCAUAAUUUCUUUUUUUUUUUGCCACACUAUAAUCAAAACAUAUAGAUAGAGUCAGAAUAUUAGAUGCUAAGAACUAAGGUCAGGUUUGGUACAGGUAAUCAUUGAGUUGGGAAUGGAAUCGAGGCUGGAAUCAAUUCCAUGUGGGAAUGGAAUUUUCAUUCUUUGCUCUUAAGCAGGGAAUGGUAAUUCCUAGGGAAGUGAGAAUCGACAUUCACACGGGAAUGUCCAUUCUCUGUUCAUUUUGCUCUGCCACACCAAGGAAUGGAAUCAAACUCUUUCCAUUCCCACUCAUUCCAGGCUACCAGACCUCAUCUAAGUCACUUGGCAGUAGCUACUAGCCACACCCCACAAUACAUGAAUUUUAGACAGGGCUGGAGCGCAUGCUAAACUACAAUUUUAUAGAGAAUUGAUGCUUCCUGUUUGGUGUGAGCUUCAUGGAAUAUGACUCAAACCAGACAUUAUUUGACUAUGUUAAUGAUGUUUGUUUGUAAAAUAAGUCAGCAUGUAAUUCCCCCUUUUAUAAGCAAUCCAUAACAAAGAUCUUGAAUCUCG